AUGACGGAAAAGAUCCCAAUUAUCGAUUAUGUGUUAGUUUAUGAACGGGAGCUGGGAAGCAUCGACCCCUACGCAGAGAAGAGAAUGAAGUUUCUGAGGGACGCGGAAAACACUGGGCUGCGCUUGGACCACAACAUAGCCGGAGAGAAAUGGGCUGCAGAAGUGAUGUCCGGGCCGAAGGAACCAACGGACAAGUAUCGGAUUGUUAAAAUCUAUGCACCUUUUGAACUUUUGAGCCUAACAGCUGAGAGGAUGAAAUUGAAGAUGCCUUUGGCCGAGAUUGUCGAAUUGAAAAUGGUUGGAUGUUUUCAGAGAUUCAUGGCCUAUUUUUCAACUGAAACUGUGGUCAACUGUAUCAGUGCACAUUAUGAACAUGAGAAAAGACAUCUGUUUAAAGGAAUUGAAAAUGAGGAAACGUUUUUUCGACCUGCGCUGAGAUCUCUAAUUGUUCAAUACAUUCUUACAAACAUACCUAUAGAAAUUGGAGAUGAAGAUGUAGAAGAUCGGACUAUGGCAGCUGAACCUCCGGAUGCAAGGACAGAGCUUAAUAACUUGUGGGCGAACACUUACCUAAAAUUCCAGCCCCUCUGGAAAAUCCGAGAUUAUUUUGGUGAAAAAAUUGCACUUUACUUUGCUGUGAUGGAAACACUUCUAAUUACAUUGAUUAUUCCUGCAUUCCUUGGUUUAGCUAUAUUUAUAUAUGGCCUUUAUUGCAGUAUAAACUGUUACAAUGCCAGCAGUAAACUGGAUGAAUCUUUUCGUGAAUACAACUACACAGAACUCUGUUCUUCUCCAAACUUGAUCUCAGGAAUGGUGGAGAACUCUGUGAAGAUAAUUAGUGUGUAUUCAGGUGAUUUCUUUACGAUAAUUCAGUCUGCCUUGGAUAAUGAUGCAACACCAUGGUUUGGUCUUAUCGUUUGCUUAUGGGGAACAAUUUUUCUGGAACUAUGGAAAAGGAUUAAUGCAAAAUUGGUGUAUGGAUGGGAUGUUGACAACUUCGAAAAUGAUGAGCCAACCAGACCUGAGUUUUAUGGAGCAUCUGUGAAAAAGGACCCAGUUACUGGAGAAGAUGAACCUUACUACCCAGGUACCCUGCGGCGCACAAAAAUGUUACUCUCAUUUUUGGUGGGGAUGCUGAUGGUCUUUACAGUAAUUGCCAGUGUCAUUGCAGUGGUUAUUUACAAGACCUGGGCAAGGAUUAGAAUUAAAACUUCUAACUCAUUUGUCAGCUUUUUGUUGACUACUGUUGGUGCCUCACUUCUCAAUGUGGUGUCCAUUAUAAUCUUAGGAAAGAUAUAUCAUAUAAUUGCAGUUAAAAUGACAGAUUGGGAAAACUACAGGACUCAGACUAACUACAAUGACGCUCUGAUACUAAAACUGUUUGCUUUUCAUUUUGCUAACAGUUAUUCAUCUCUAUUUUAUAUCGCAUUUCUUAGAAAGAACAACCAGAAGUUUUUUCAAAUGAUUGGACUGCCUGACUUUGAAGAUAACUGCGGAGACCUGAACAAUUGUGUGUCAGAGCUUAGUGUUCAGGUUCUUAUACUCAUGAUCUUCAAACUAUGUCCCAAGUUGCUGACAGAUAUUUUAAUACCAUGGAUGAAGAAAUUGAAAAACAAAAUCAAGAGAAAUAAAAGGCUGUCUUUACCAUCAAAAAAUCAGACAAUGCUUUCAGCAGUGGAUAAUUAUAUUAUUAAAGAAUAUCUGAAACCAGAUCUUGGUGAUUUCACACUGGAGGAAUACACAGAAAAGGUCAUACAGUACGGUUACCAAAUGCAUUUAGUGUUUGUAGUGAGAUUUCUACUAUCAAAUAUGAUACCAGAUGUACCUCAACACAUACAGCUAGCAAUGAGGAAGGAGAAAUACCAAGUGGCAACCAAAAUGAAAGGUUAUCCAACCAGCCUUCAUCGAUUCCGAUGA